UAGGCGCGGACCCCGGGCGGGGGCGGCCCCAGGUACAGCCCCGGGUACUACCCCGAGACUGCGCCGCGCCCUUUCCAGGAAGAGCCGCGACUGCAGCCCCGGAGAGGCUGCCCCUCAGUCACUGCCCCUCGGGUCACCGCCGGAGCCUCGCCAGGGCAGAUACCACACCAUGUUUGCAUUUUUGGUGCUGCUGUGUCAACUACAUGUGAUGAUGUUUGCAUUUCCUCACUGCAAGGGGAGAUUAACUAACUUGAAGCAGACUGAAUGGAAAUAUGUGUUCACAUCAGAAAAGGAGGCUAAUUCAUUCAUUGGACGACAUCUUCUGAAUAACAGAUUGGAUUUUGAAGCAUUCACAGCAGAUAACCUGGAAAGAGAAUGCUUUGAGGAGCUGUGCAGUUACGAAGAAGCAAGAGAAGUAUUUGAAGACCCUGAUGCAACGAUGGAAUUUUGGAAAGACUAUUCAACUAAAGACCCUAGAAUAAAAAUAGGUGAUGAGACACUACAGAAGAUUAAUGUUACAGUACUACUCAUCAGCCUAGUUGCUGCUGGAGUCCUGCUCGUUAUAACUGGGCUGCUUAUCUUCUACUACUGCAAAAGUAGAUGCAAAUCAAGGCAACCACCAGGGUACUUGGAUUAUGUAAGAAGUAGAAGACAUACUAAUUCAUCCAGUAUCUUCAGAAGGCACGAAGAGUUUUCCUUAAACCCACUUCCUCUCAGAACUGAUGAUUCAGGACUACCAACUUAUGAGCAAGUAGUUACUUCAGAUGGGCAACAUGAUGUGCCACCACCCCCUUAUCCAGGGCCCCCAAAAUGGGCAAGGGUGUUUAAAAAGUCUAUGUCACUUCCUACUCCUUAGUCACAAACCUCCUUCUGGAAUGAGGGGAGGGAUUACAUACUUUUAAAAAAAGUGUGUGCUACCUUGCAUAUUGCAAGACAGUUUACAAAAACGUGAGAGAUCUUUAGCACAAGUAGGGACAAGUGGAAAACCCAUUUGGGAAAAAAGGUGAUCUGUUGCACAAGAUCCUUUGCACAAGAGCAUGUCCUUUACUGCCACCCUCUUCCAUAUGCACUUUGAGCCAUCACAUCAUACUAUUGAUAUUUCAUUAGAAAAUUCAUCAAUUUUUUUUUGUUGUUGUUCUGUUUUUUGUUUUCUUUAGAAUGAUUUAAAUUGGUUUUAUUUACACUAUUUUUGUGGCUAUUAAUACUUCAAAC